AUGUCUGAUAAUACUGAAAAUUACUUUUAUCUCAACUGUAAUCAACAAAGCCAGGAGUUAGCAGAGGCUCAAUAUCAUCGUAAACUUGAGGAAGGUAUAGAAUUAUGUAAUAGAAGCAGUUUAAGAAAUAAAUAUAAACUAGAGGAUAUUUUAUUACAAUUUGAUACUAUACCCAAAAGAGUAGUAAGAAAACAACAUAGACCUAUGUUGCUGUCUGUAUUCAGGUAUAUGCAAACAAAAUUAAGCAUAUGUCUUAGCUUACAAAAUACUGGCACUGUAAAUAUCGAAGAGUAUAGUGCAAGAGAUUUGUUAUCUG